AUGACGGCGGUGGCCACCAAAAUAAGUCGUGUUUCUUCAUUUCAGGUGGCCGUUGUGGUGGCGGUUAUCCUCGCCGCGGCCACGACGGUGUUGUCGGACGACAACGCGCUGAUCCCAUCGGACAAAGGUCAAUUGGACCAAUGGUUCUCAAAGAACGUGCUGCCAUUAUCAGCCCGGAAGGGUACUCUGGACGCAGAACUGGUGGCCGCCGAAGCUAAUCCGAAGACGGUGACGGUGUCGCAGGACGGAAAAGGCGACUUCAAGACGAUAACGGACGCCAUUAACAGUGUUCCGACGAAUAAUGCGCAGAGAGUGAUAAUCAAAAUCGCAGGUGGAGUAUAUAAUGAGAAGGUGACCAUUGAUAGGACCAAGGAUUUCAUCACUAUGAUCGGUGAUCCUAAAAAUAUGCCCAACUUGACUUACAAUGGUGACGCUAAAAGAUACGGCACCGUCGAUAGUGCUACCCUCAUUACCAACAGCAAUUACUUCGUCGCUGCAAAUAUCAUUUUCUCGAACUCGGCACCGAUGCCGGAUGGGAGAAGGGAGGGAGCUCAGGCGGUGGCGCUACGAGUUUCCGGCAACAAUUCGGCAUUCUACAACUGCGUGCUAUUAGGGUUUCAAGACACACUGUGUGACGAUAGGGGAAACCAUUUGUUCAAGGACUGCACAAUCCAAGGCACAGUGGACUUCAUAUUUGGGAGUGGCAAGUCCUUGUAUCUGAACACGAAGCUCAUCGUGGUGGGGACGGUCGGCGGCGUGAUCGCGGCUCAGGCGAGGGAGAGCGACGACGACACCAUCGGCUAUUCCUUCGUUCACUGCGACAUAAGUGGCACCGCCAGUGGCACCUUCUUGGGAAGAGCUUGGAUGGCUUAUGGCAGAGUUGUGUACGCUUAUAGCACCAUUAGCAACAUUAUUACUCCUCUUGGUUGGAACAUUAACAACCAUCCUGCUAUGGCCCAGACUGUGUAUUUUGGAGAGUACCAGAAUAGUGGAGAUGGUGCAAAUACAAAAGGACGAGCCCCGUUCACAAAGAUACUAAAUGACGCUGAUGCUAAGCAAUUCAUCUCUCUUGGCUUCAUUGAAGCUUCUAAGUGGCUGCUUCCUUCUCCUCAAGCCUAA